CCGCAAUAGCGACUCACCACAAAACUCCAGAAACUACGAAGCCACCGUUUGUUUCAAGGCAAAGUCCAACUUUCACUUCUAUACUCUGCUCUUAACCUACUUUCUCCUCUCUUCAGAUUCAGUCAAAAAGAUUUUUUACAUCAUCAGUGUUUAUAGAUAUGGAAGACAAAUCUAAAGUGUCCCUGAAAAUCAAGAUUGACGAUAAAAACCCGGGUGAUGUGAAGGAGGACAAGACCGAGGUAGAAUUGGAGCUGAAGAACAAAUCCAAAGAGAAAAAGGACAAGACUAAGGUAGAACUGGAGCUGAAGAACAAAUCAAAAGAGAAAAAGGAUGAGGAGGAACUGCAAAAGAAGAAGAGGAAGGAAACGAAAGAAAAAGGUGGUAAAAGUGGCGAUGAGAAGGUGAAAGGGAAAGAAAAUGAUGGCGGCGAGGAAGGUGAUGAUAAGAAGGAAAAGAAGAGCAAGGCGGGCAAAAUAGAUCUCAAGGAAAAAAAUGAAGACAUCGAGGACAAGGAUGGUAAGGAGAAGAAGAAAAAGGAAAAGAAGGAGAAGGAUGUAGAAAAUGAAACAAAGGACAAGGAAAAAGGAGACAAAGGAGAGGAUGGUAAAGAGAAGAUGAAAAAGAAGGAUGAGAAGAAGAAAAAGGAAAAGAAGGAGGAUGAUGUAGAAAUUAAAGAGAAGAACAAGGAGAAAGAGGAGGGAGGGGAAUAUGGUGAUGAGAAGAAAGAUAAGAAGGACAAGAAGGAGGAGAAGAAAAACGAAAAGAAGGACAAGAAUGAGAAAAUCAAGCUAGAGGAGGACAAAGAAAAAACUAAAGAAGUUGUUGUAGAACAGAAGAAGAAAAAGAAGGAAAAAGAAAAGGAGCAUAAGGAUGAUGAGAAAGGUGAGAAGUCAAUAAAAAAGAGAGAGAUGAAACCAAAAAUUGAGGGAGAAGAGGAAGCAGAACAACAGAAAGAUGAUGUGAACCAAGUGAAGGAGAAGGAGGAAAAAGAAGAGAAGGUUAAAGGGGGAAAGAAGAGAAAGCCUAUUGGAAAGGACAAGUCCAACGAUGUCACCAAGCUGAAACAAAAGCUUGGGAAGAUUAAUGAGAAGAUAGAAACACUCCUACAAAAAAAGGCUGACAUUGAAAAACAGAUAAAAGAAGCCUUAAAUGAAAACGAAGGUAAUGCAGACAUGGAGAAGGCCAAAGUUUUAGUAGAAUAGCAGUUAUGUGUAUCUAUAUGCACUCAAUACUUUGUAAAGUAUGUAUCUUUUGAAUGAUAAGCGACGUAGUUAGCAGCAUUUAAUGCUUCAUACACAUGACUUCUCCCAAACCACAUUCCAUAAGAUAUAAUAGAGGCUGUAAAUGGAGACAGCAACCUAUGCAACCGAUAUUUCUGAACCAUUUUAGGGGGACAAAGAUAAUUCAGACGUAAUUGUAUCAAGCACGCGAAUUGGGAUGUCAAUAGAUCGAGGCAGCGGGAACAGGGUGGAACUGUGGAAGUGUCUGCCUGCGUCUCUUUUUUUAAUAAUUUUUUCCCAUUCACGAUAACACGUGUCAUAAUACAUAUUAUUAGAUAUG